AUGCCGAGCAGGCACACCGACACGUUCCCCGAAAGCCAGGCGACCUUUGCCGACGCCUACGCCGCGGCGAACAAGCACGUCACUGACAAGGCCAACAAGAAGAAGGACGCGCUGCUCACUCGCGCCGAGACGGGUCUUGCCAAGGUCUAUGCACACGCUGUUGGCGUGACGGGACGCGACGAGCUCGAGGCACGCUACACCAAGCUCCGCGCCGACCUCGCGGCCCAAGAUGCCAUCAUCGCCAAGGCAUGCGAUAACCUCGCGUUGCUCAGUGCCGAGAUGGAGGACGUCAUUGCCGAGGUGGCAAGCCAAGUGAGCGACGAGGUGGAGCGCAGCGCUGCUGUUGCCGGGGGAUGCCUGUCGGCGCUCAAGGAGGAGGCGGCGAACGAGAAGGGCGCUCAGGGCGGGCUCGGUGCUCGUAACAGCUCAUGA